AUGGACUUUUCGACUUACGUUGUGAGUUCAUACUUUUUUUCUUAAUCAUAUAUCAAUUAUUUUUCAAACGGAAAACCAAACGGAAAAAAAGCCCAAAAAUCAGCGAUUUUUUUCAAAUUCAUAUAUAUUUACAAUUUUUAGUACAUAACUUUGUUAAAAAUUAUUGUUUUCACCCGAAAUUUUUUGAAGAACUUUGCUGUUAAAAAGAAUUCUUUUGACCUGAAAGUUAAAAAGCUAAUCAAAGAAGUUUGGGAAAGAUCCCAAUGAGCAUGUUGGACACACUUAUCGAGUCGUUGCUCCAAAGAUGCAAGACUGUUAUCAAAUCCAAGGGCUAAGCUAUGGAGUUUUAAAUAUUGUUUCAUUGUUUUAAAUUGGGAGUUUAAUAUACCGGUUCUACUGGUUUUUUUCGGAAUCGAUUCGAAAAAUUUUACGUUUAAAAAAUGAAAAUUAUUUCUGUUCACGUAAAAUAUAUACAACAUAACAGUUUCACCAUGACUAAAAUGACUCAGGCAAUUUUUAUCAAAGAUUAAUUAUUUCAUGAAUUUUUGUGGGACAACAGAAUCGUUGAAUUUCAGCCGAAACUGGUAAUUGAAAACAGAACAAACGACAAAACGAAUGAGUUCGAAAAAUGGUCGUCAUAUCUCUAUGUGAGUUUCUCUUUCGGGUUUUUUUUUCAUAACUUAAUAAUUUCAGCUAAGUUGCGUGAUGCCUUCAAUAGAUCCAGCUUUAUGUGGGCAUGACACUUAUUUUGACCGUUCCGUUAUUUCUUUGAUUUGCAUCACUGGACAUAAUAUUUGCGUCAUGCCCCAACCAGAUAUCGUUCGGGUUGCUACGGUUAAGGUAGAAUGCAGAAAGAAUACAUUUUAAACUUCAUGAAAUUAAAAUUUUCAGAUUGUUCUGGAUAAUGAAAUUCGGCUGAAAUACUUGGAUGGCAAUCGAGAAAUUGACUACGUUGCAGUCGACAAAAUUGUCACGGAUGAAAAAAUCAUUUGCGAUGCAAAAAAGUAAAACCGAACCACAUCCACUUUGACUUCAAUCCUCGAUUUUAGUUUUUGUGAAGAAAUUUUAAACGACUACACACCUUUCGUGGAUCAUCGCAAACUUUUGCUUCAUCGGAACUAUCUCCCAUGGAAAGUUUACGAUUUAGUUCAGGUCGGAUCGGAUCUUCGUUGAGGCACGUUCUUUGAAAUUAUUUACAGAGAGGCCAAUUUUUCGAAAUACAAGAUCCAAAUGAUCCAGCAACUGUUCAUAUCGCUAAAGUAAUGAAAGUUAGAGGGCCAAUUAUCACGGCUGAGAGCGGUACUGCGGUGAGUACCAUAAUGUUUUUAACUUAGUACCAUAAUUUCUUGAAUUUUCGAAACCUUUUAAGGAUUUUUUUAUUUUUUUGAACUUUUUUUGAAAAAAAGUUUCGUUUUUCGUUGGUAAAACAAAAAUAAAAAUAUUGGUCAAUAUAAGCUUCGAAAUGUUUUUUAUCACAAUUUUAAACUCCUUUCAAUCAGUACGAACUUACAAAACUUGAAUCUUUUACACAGGAGAAUUUCCCUUUUGAGAUUGUAGAUCCUACAAAAAUUUAGGUUCGAAUGUAUUUCAAAGCUUCGGUAAAUUAGAAAGUUUUCUGAUUUUUCAAUUUAUGCCUGAGCUUCACAGGUGUUCAAUAUCCACAUGGCAGACGUGUUAUGUCACGAGCUUGGAUGGGGACGGAAAACUCAUGAAAAAGUUAGUUUCUCCUUGUCUUACUUUUUAGUCAAUGCUUUGUCUCUUUCAGGUCAAAUAUGUUGAGGAGAACAAUAUCAAUCAAAAAGUAUACUUAGAAUCACCGGUUCCUGCAAUCAUUUUUGAAAGGAAUCACAUUACGCAGCAUGGCCUACUGGUAAAAUAAUAAAUAAAAUCCAGCAAGUAGUUUUAUUCAUCUUUUCAGCCUGGUUACCUUGUGGAGGUAUUGGCCAAAGAUCGCCAAACUUUUUACUACGCGCACGUAAAAGAGAUCAUCAACGAUCAUUAUUUUACUGUUGUUUCUGGCGAAUAUGAGCCUGCAGACAGUCUCAUUGAGGUUUGAGAUUCUUAAGAAAAUAAAAAGCAAAAUCGGUAUAUCAAUGGUCCAAAUUAUUGAGUUUUAGCACAUGGCUCACAGAAGAAGCACCCACAUUUUUCCUGUCGGAUUUGCUGCUUCUAUUGGGUACACUCUCCAGCCUCCGAACAAUGUCAAUGAAGAUGUUAAAUCCAAAUUCAACUGGGAUAUUUAUCGCACUAUGUACUGUCCAAACGGAGUUGGUCAUUUUUUUUUUCUGUUUUUACAUUUUCAUCCCUUUCCAGGUUCCUGCGGAAAACAUUGGUGCGCUGGAAGAACCAAGAUCAAAAGUACCAACUCUGCGUUAUUUAUUGGUGGGUUUUUCUCUUCACCUUUUUUUAAUUUUUGUAUUACUUUUCCGAAUGUGAUUUUCAGCACUUCUCCUAUGAACAAGGUUUCUUCUCACCUGCCCUGAUUGUUCGAGCUGAAAAAGGAUUUGUCUGGCUUGUCUGUGGCGCCAACUUCAGAGCCCGAGCGCCGUACAUUUUUCAUCAGAAGUUUGCGGCAAAAAAAUGGUUAUUCUAGUUUUUUUUUCCAGAGAUCUCUCGCUUUUUCCUGUGUGUGCUUUCGACAGAUACAGCUUGCCCUUUAUCAAAGAACCGCCUUUGGAGACUUAUCCCAAAUGGGACAUGAAAGGUACGAAUCAGCAAAAUAAUUUGGGAAGCUGGUGAAAAAUUGCUGGGAUGAAAAUGAAUAACACGCGAAAAACUUUUUAGAUCUUUUUCACCAAUCAAAUACAAUUCGGGUUUUUGAAGCAAAUUGUAUUUCAAACUUUUAUAAAUGAACUUGCAGAAUAUUUUUUUAUACAAUUUAUUUGUAGAUUGAUGUUGAAUUACAUUUUUUUGCAUUGAUAAAGAUUAGCAAACAGUGCGGAAUCCGACGUGCUGGUUAAAAAAACAAAUGGCGUUAACUGUUUUCUUAAUACGAGAAUAUUCACCUCGAACAAAUAAUUCUACUUUUUUUGACUUUUUCCUAUUCUCGAAGAAAAAUUAGUAUUUAUAUUCUAAUCUUCCAGAUGGCCAUCGCUUUGGACUGGACAAAAAGUAUACCAGCGUUCCAACGAAUAUCUUCGAUCCGAGCACAAGCGAGAAACCAUUCAUGACAAAAUGCCUCCUUGAGAGUGAGAAGAAGUUUUCUAAUAGCUUCAAAUUUGAUUAUUUCUUCAAGGUGAUUCGUGGUCUCCUCGAAUUUACACAAACCUGAACUGCGACUUUGGACCGAAUAUGGAUGUGGAAGCGGUUAAAAACCUUAGAAAGUUUUUUGAAGCCGGUUCCAUCCCAUCUGUUACGAGCCAAAUUUUCAAAGUGGAAAGAUGUGAAAGAUUAUUUUUCAUUCUUUUUUUUUCAGGAUCUGUUAAAUUGUGUUACAAAACCAGAGAAACAAAAAGCUAUUAUCGCUUGCUUUGGCAACGUUUCGGAAGCUGCGAACUACGGAACUAUGACUGUGAAAUGCCGGGUCAGAUCCGGCCUCGACAAACUGGUUCUCAGGGUUCCCAGUUGCAAAACUCGGCAGCUUGGUGGUUGGCUUCGCGUAAGUAUCCUAAGGUGUUUUAGUAGUUUUCAAUACCAUACUGCACUGAAAUAAUUCCAUAAACAAAGAGAUUCCCAAGUUUUUCCUGUGAAAAAGAGUUCACCACAAGGAAAAAUGCUGGACUGCUCAGGGAUGGGCAUAUCUUUUUCACGAACUUCCAACCAUGAUAUCUCAUUGUCAAAAAUUAUUUCAGAUUUUCUUCACUAAAGUAUCAAAGAUGACACGUGUGAAAAUUUUUUGAAUUAGCCUCGUUUGGCUUCAGCUUUGACCGAAAGACCCUAAUUGAACGUGUUGACCUCUAGACGCGGGUAUCUGACAUAUAUUUUGCCCUCGUUCUUAAGAAAAAAGCCGUCUCAGUUUUCUAAUACCGUUUAGUUGAUCAAAUAAUUUUAUGGAAAAGAACAAAAAACUUAUAUUAUACUUAAUUUUUCCUGAUGUCGUUUGACCUCAAGUUUUUUUCUUUCCCCGCGAAAAAAACCGCCUCACAUACGUCUCGAGUCAUUUUACAAAUCUAUCUAUCCCGUCUUUCAAGUAGGGGGAAUAAACUAUUACAAACCAUUUCAUCUUUCAAUUAAUCUUUUUAGACGGUUACGAGAGCAAUGCAGUGUUGCCCGAACGUUCUUUCUUUGAAGCCAAUAAGAGACGACUUCACCUGCGUGUUUUGUGAAAAGGUUUGAUAUCAUCAUAGUUCUAUACUUUUUUGUGUUGAAUUUCAAACAAGUAAUUCAGGGAAGACGAUUGUUCGCAAUGAAGCGUAGGUUCAUAGUGAGGCCGAUUGAAAAGACGGAGAAUCGUGUGAUGUGGUUCGAAGUCAUGAGAAUGACCGAGCAGGUCAUCGCCAACGUUCCAAUGGAGGUUCGUUUGCAAAUAGUGUAUUCACCCAUAAAUCAUCAUUUUGAGGACCAAAAAAAGAUUGCUCCAAAUUUGGAUUACGACAGAGAUAACGAGAAUCCUUUUUUGACAGACAGAAAAAAGUUUGUGAUUUCACUUUGAAAUUUACUCUAAACUGUGAAAACUUAAGCGUGUACGAGUUUAUGGAUGCAUUCGAAAAAUAUACUGAGCAGGUUGGUUGAUUGUGGAAAUGUUUGACUGAUGAAUAUAUGGAUUCCAGCGCCGCAGCAUAACCCAGAAACCAGCUGAAAUUGUGGUUUUGUCCGACGAUGAUUCAUCGAAAAGCAAUAAGCAGCCAUCGUAAUUCUUAAAUGUUUUUUUCUGUAUUUUAAUAAAGAUUUUUAGCAGCGUCGCUACCGCUUCCGUUUCAGUUCAAAACAAACGAAAGUUUUCAGCAAGCUCUGAAAAAGCUAUGCCUUCUAAAGCUUCUACCGAUUCAUCUAUACUUUCGUAUGUUGAGAAGUUAUUAUCAUUAGAACAUUAUUUUCUAAAUAAAAUUCAAAUCAAACAACUUUUUUCCAUUUUUAUGUGUUUUUACCUUGAACGAAAAUGAUGAUGAAAACUGUAAUUUCAGAAAAAAUAAGCCGAGCAGCAGCAUCGAAGAACGUCUUGUCCACGGCUCCCCUACAAUUGUACGAAAGUCGAAGGUAAUUUUUUUGAGCCCUCAGAUUUUUUGCGUUUUCAACUGUAAAGUUUGUGAGAGAUCAUCAUUGAUUUUGUCUACAUUAGCCAAUUAACUUUACCAUUUUUUUUUCCCAUCUUUUUAAGCUUAUAGAAAUUUUGCAGACGCAAGCGUUCCAACUGAAUAUUCAAAAGUCGGUUGAUCCCAGAACCUGGAACGCCAAAGAGCUGUAUGAGUACAUGGGCAAGUAUUGGGCGCGAAAACUGAGUCCAGAAGCGAUAAAAGUGCUGCUUGAAAUGGUGGGACUUCGGAAAACUUCCGGAGAGAAACUCUGAAAUCAAAUUGAAGAACGUGGAUGGGGAUCAGUUUGCGAGUUUCAACUUUGCUCGAUGCGUGAGGAUUCUCGACGGCCUGCCGGAAACGAUUGCGAUGAAACUUUUUGAUAUCGUUGAGGUUAUAUUAUGAUUAUGAUAAUUAUUUCAAAAAAAAUUUUGAAAGGGUCAAUUUAUUGUGAAGUCUGGAAGUUUUGUCCAAAACUAUCUAAAAAUGCAUACAAGUGCAAACUUUUUUUUCGAAACCAAAUGAUUAGUUUUUAUUUAAAAUGAGUAAGUGGGCCAGGUUGAUUUGAUAGGCAGCGCGCACAUUUGAACACUGGAAUCUGAUUUUUGAUAAUAUUAAUUUCUCAAAGUUUUCAAAUUGAAUUUUUUUGUUGCUGUUUUCAAAGCCUUGAACAAAAUUUGAUAAAUUCUUUUCAGGCCUUCCGGGAGCACAUCUACCUGAACUUUUUGGCGGCGUGA